AUGCUAGAUGAUUUUGAGCCUUUUAGUAGUGAUGGAUAUCAGAAUAUGGGUGAGUUUGAAAGAGAGAUUGAAGCUGAAGAAGAACGGGACGAAGAAGAUGAACAAGGUCAUACAGAGGAUUCAAAAGAUGAUUUAGAAGAGCAUACGGAAGAAGAUGAUGAUUCUGACUACAUUGUUGACCCAAAAGCUAUUUUAGAUGAUUGGAAGGUUGAUAUGAGAGAGUUUCAUAGUUGUGUGGAUGAGGUUGAAUGGUUUGGACAAGGUCCAAACAUAGAAUUAGAUUUAAAUCGAGAUGAUUAUUUAGGUGUGAUCAACAAUGAUGACUUUGAAAGUGCAUGA